AUGAACCACAUGGAUAUCCCUCCAAUUGAUACUUGGGAUUGUCUCUUCGAAAGAGAAGACAGACCCUUCCCAGAUGACCACAUCAUCUUCAAGUCGCCAUCGGGCGAAGUCCGAACCUUCAACGACAUUCGAUCCCAAGCCGUAAGUUUCGGCGCCAAUCUCCAAAUCCAGUGGGAAUGGCAAAAAGGCGAUAUCCUCUUACUCUUCGCGCCGAAUGAUAUCGAUAUCCCCACGUUGUUUUGGGGAUGCCAUUGGGCUGGGGGAGUAGUCUCACCAGCCAACCCGGCAUACACUGCUGAUGAGUUGAAAUACCAACUCAGUGAUACAGGGGCAAAGGCAAUGGUUGUACACACGUCGCUCUUAGACACUGCACUCACCACUGCAAAACGCAUUGACUUUCCUAUUGCGCACAUGUUGGUUUUUGGCCCUCCCUCCUCAGAAGCAGAGCUGCAGCAUGUCGAGUCUAUGUUGGGAGGUGGAGCUCCUGGAGCAAGUCGUCCAAAGAUAGACCCAGUCGUCGAUACAGCCUUCUUGGUAUACUCUUCCGGGACUACCGGGCGGCCCAAGGGGGCAAGGAUCACUCAUACAAAUCUUGUGACGAACCUCAUCCUGCAGGGACGAGCUGAAAGCCCACACAUGAACUGGAGACAGGAUCGGUUCCUGUCGUUCUUACCAACAUAUCACAUCUAUGUACAUUUCCCUCUUUUGUUGGGAAUAAAGACAAUAGUAAUGGAGAAGUUCUCCGUCAAAGGCUUCUUACACAAUGUGAAAGCCGAAUCAAUCACCCACAUCUACGCCGUCCCACCUGUUGUCCUGUACCUUGCCAAAGAUCCCGCAAUGACGCGCGAACAUCUAUCAUCAUUGAGAAUGGUAACCUCAGCUGCUGCACCACUAGCACCAGAUCUGAUCCACGCUGUGUACGAUCGUCUGAAGGUCCCAGUCCGCCAGGCAUACGGAUUGACCGAGUCGACGGCUGUCGCGCAUCUCCAGAGAUGGGACCAAUGGGAUAAAGCAAUGGGAUCAAGCGGUCCUCCAUAUCCCACAGUCGAAACGAAGUUCAUCGACGACCAAGGAAACCCCGUAACGAAAGGCGACGGCGAACUAUGUCUCCGAGGACCGACCAUCUUCCCAGGCUACCAUAACAACGCCGAAGCCACGGCACGGUCAAUCACAAGCGAUGGAUGGUUCAAAACCGGUGAUAUUGGAUUCCAAGACGAGGAGGGAAAUCUGACCUUAUUAAAUUCAAGGGUUUCCAAAUUCCCCCCGGCGGAGAUAGAGAGUGCCCUGCAUGAACAUCAGCUUGUGCAUGACGCCGCUGUGAUUGGACUUGCUGUUGAGAAGAUUGCGACCGAGGUACCGGUUGCGUAUGUGGUUCUUGAGAAGACGGAUAAACCGGCUGAGCAGGUUGCAGAGGAAUUGGUGGCCUACGUUAGUGGGAAACUGGCGCCUCAUAAGAGGCUUCGUGGUGGGAUUGUCCUGAUCGAUGAGAUUCCCAAGGGUCCUGCUGGGAAGAUCCUGAAGCGGGUCUUGAAGUCUAGGGCUGAAGGUGUCGAUCAAGGGAAGGCUAUUGGUGCUUCAAUCUAUGACGAUCGUUCUUCCAAGCUGUGA